AUGGAACUCAAUGACAAGAUCAGGUGAGUGAAGUGGAAGUCCAUGAGGUUUGCACUCUUGCUGACUCUCAAUCUGCGCAGCUGACCAAGUGCCACACCUGGGCACUAUGUCUUCAAGUGGCGCGUUCGAGAUGAUUGCCGAGAAGGGCGUUCACCAUGAAGAUGAAGAGGCCCCAGAGCGUGGCGCUCCGUCCCGAAGCAAGGAUUUGUAUUCUUGA